CCGUCCCGUCUUGUGCCCUUCAUCCUCUCCCUUAAGCGCAGGUGGGAGCGGCUCCAUCUCUGCCAAGAAAGCCAACCAGCCCACCUGUGACCCUUUCGGCCGUUGGGGGCGGCUCUUUCCGCCUCGGCGCCCAGGUGAAGCGGCCACCUUCGGCCCCCGCGCUCCGCCCCUUCAGGUAGGGCAGGUGGCUCGCUCCCAUUUCCUCCCGAGCGUCUCCGAAACCGCUGCGAGGCUGAAACUUGACCCUCCCCGACAUGGGCUGGGCGAAGUUGACCUGCUCUCCGGCUGCCAACCAGGAAACGCCUCGGAAGGAAGAGCCCGAGUUGCGCCCGAUCCUUGGAAAAGGCUCCCGGGAACUCCGGCGCGUUGCUGAACGUGGGGAGGAGACCCUUCAGCAGCUCUGGGGUCACCUCCGCGCCUUAUUUUGUGUUUCUAACCCGAGUAACAAAAUUGUGGGCUGAAUGUUACCCAUUCAUCAAAUUGAAGCAGAAGCAAGCACCACUUGUAGGUAACUUCAGCAAAAGAGAAGAUGCCCCAUUCUGGGAAAUUUCGUCAAGACACAAACUACAUUCCCAGGGAGAAUCCCAAUUAUUUUGAUAAAAGACGCAGGCCGCCAAAUUCAUCAGGCGGAAGGUUGUCACACGGAACAAUGGAACAUUCAAGAUCUUCCUCGGCGUUUGCAGAACCAGAGCCGAACCAUCUGGGACCAAGACACGGCUGUGACAAUCCCCCGCCUCCCUACUAUCCUUCCAAAAAGACUUUUUCGGAGAAAUGUUCCAAUCUGUGCUCCCGAAGAGGUGUCUUGCAGUUUGUCGAGAUCAUUGUCAACAUUCUGGUGCUGAUCUGCAUAGGAGCAACCCACGCGGGGAUCUCCGGUCUCACUUCCUUGGGCGGCCUAGGCUCUUUCAACAUCGACUCAUUCUACAGUCCAUUUCAGGGGACUGAACUCCAAGAGGUGACCGAGGUGGACAGGCAGUACAGCCAGAUGAGAGCCCCUUGUGUGUACGGAGGGGUAGCCUUCACCCUGACAAUGACGUGCCUAACACUUCUGUUUCUCAUUGUUGGAGCAAAGCCUAUCCAUCGCCUUUCCCUUGGACUGCUGGCCACCGAGUGUCUCUUUCACAUCCUCGCCUGCCUUGGCUAUAUAGCGGCAGUUGGCCUCUACCUCCACUUCGUCAUUCAAGUCAACGCCACGGAUGUGUGCCUGAAGAGAGAGAGGCUAUACGCCAGGCGAGGUUACACCUCAGUGAAUUGCAGCGUACAAGGCGGGGACGCAUCCGUGGCCCUUUUCGGCCUGGUGGCUGCUUGCCUGUAUUUUGGAAGCUUGGUGGUUUGUGUUCUCACCAUUCGGGAGGUCCGGCAGUUUCAAAAGCAGCGGGACAACAGUCGUUAUGAUCCUGAGAGAACCUACAGAGAAGACGGCCAUCCCAAACCCCAUAGGAGCCAAGAAAACAUACCCACCGAAAGGACUUUUGGCACACUUGUGUAAUCUACAGCAGACUGAAGCCAGACUUUUAAAAAAAAUAUUUCUCCCCCACAGACAAUAGUUGUAUAAUAUAACAUCAAAGAUGUAUUUUAAAAAUUAUUCUUCCUAGCUAGGAACUUAGUUCUGUGACUAACUUUACAGAAAAAGGGAAGGAAUUGUAGAAAUGAUUUCCAGGUUUUUUUGGGGGGCCUGGAUAUGUUCUUUCAGUAAGAGCUCUUUUGCAUCAUUGUCUUAAGAUCUCACCUGGACCUGAAAUUACCCGAGAACUUAGUUUGCCUUGAAGAUAUCUAACCAUAAGGAUAGUGAGAUAGUUAUUGCCAAGAGCGAAUAUGUGGAAGAUAAGUUCUUUUGAUUAUGUAUUGAUUAUACUUGUAAAUGACCCAGAAAUCGGUUACUGGCUCCAGGUUGAAACUUAAUGGUGUUGACCGAUCAAUUUUAUUAUAUUCAGAAAUUUCUACUAAGUGUCUGACUGAAUAGGAAAUCUAGGCAUUAGCUCUCUAUCAUAAGUACAUUGAUUACGUUUGGUUCGGACAUCAACUAGUCAUUAAAUAAAAGUGGUUGUUUAGCGAAUAGGUCUUCUCCCAUUGACUGUUUUUUCCCGAAGAACCCUGGGAAGGUUCCAUAUGGCAAUCAGGUGAUCCCAGGACAUUGCAUUGAGAGCCGAGGUGGCGCAGUGGUUAGAGUGCAGUAC